AUGCCAAAAGAAACAACACCACGCUCCAGUCGUCGCCGUGCUGCUUAUGACGUUUCCUUUAAGUUGAAGGUUAUUUCCACUGCCAUUGAGUGGGGUAAUAAUCGGAAAACUGCAGACCACUACGGCCUAAAUGAAAAACAAGUGCGGGAAUGGUUGAAGAAAAAAGACCAACUUGGAGUGACUGCGAAGUCAUCCAAGCGUCUUGCUGGUGGCGGUCGUCAAGUCAAGGACAAGGAUGCUGAUAACAGUUUAAUGUCCUGGUUUGAAAGUCAACGAACAAAUGGUAAUGGAGUGACAGGAAAACAGUUGCAGCGACAAGCAUUGAGAGUUUCUACAAGUGCAAAUUUUAAAGCUUCAGAUGGAUGGUUGCGUAGUUUCAAACAUCGUCAUUCUUUGUCCACUCACCAGAGAACAUCGAUUGGCCAGAAACUACCCCCAGAUUUCGAAGAGACGGUUAUUUUAUUUCACCGAUUCGUAAUCAGACUCAGAGAACAACACCAAUAUCCUUUGUCUGAUAUUUACAACAUGGAUGAGACCCCGCUCCGUUUUGAUAUGCCGGGAAACAAAACUCUUGAACACACAGGCGUAAAGACCGUGCACAUCAAAACAACGGGAAAUGAAAAAAAGGUUUCACUGUGGUGCUCACAGCUGCUGCCGAUGGGACAAAGAUGUUUAGAUUAUAUCAGGCGAACGUUUCCUCACCGGGAAGACGACAGCAGAAGGUUAUCGGUUUGGGAUUCCUGCACAGUUCACCUCACGGACAAUGUGAAGGCUGCACUCCGGGAGCGGAAUAUCGAUGUGGCUGUAAUUCCCGGAGGUCUUACGUCCAUUCUACAGCCUCUCGAUAUCGGCAUAAAUAAGCCAAUAAAAGAAACCAUGCAUGAUCUAUGGGACCUAUGGAUGAAAGAAGGGGAAGCUGAAUUUACCCCAACUGGCAAAAGAAAGUGUCCAUCGAGAGAAAUGGUGGUUCAGUGGGUGUCCAAGCCUUGGGAAAAAUUGUCUGAAACCACUAUUCAGCGAUCAUUUCUGAAGCCUGGGAUAUCAAACAAUCUCGAUGGCAUGGAAGAUGACCUUCUUUUUGACGACCUUCAGUCUGAGGACGACGACGAUGACUACGAUACUGAAGCCAUUGCGGAAGAAAUUGGGAAUAUAUUCGAUGACAGUGACGACGAAGACUGA